AUGACCCAACGCGGCGCCCCUCGUGAACAGACGAACAACAACGACGACGACGACAACAACAACACUACGGGCAUUCCUCCGUUCACGGACAGAAAGGAAAGCAUUGGUGCGGCUCUCCUAGUCCACCAUCGCGGCGACGAGAAUGCUAUCGAAGCACGGAGGCGGCGAAGGACAAGGCUUCGGAAUGACGCCGCAUUCUGGCUCUUGGGGCUGAUCAACAACUCGUCUUAUGUGAUCAUGAUGGCGGUCGCCAAGGAAAUUGCUCCAGACGCGGUCGGGGUAGUGUUCUUCGCCGAUGUUGCCCCGACGAUGGUCAUCAAGGUGACGGCGCCAUAUUGGUGA